UACCGUGGUGACUCCUACCGGGGCGGUUCGAACGGUUACUCUAACGGCGGCGGUGGCGGUUACGGAGGUGGUGGCUAUGGUGGAGGCUACGGAGGAGGUGGUGGUGGCUACGGUGGUGGAUACGGGGGAAGAGGCGGCGGUGGUGCUGGUGCUGGUGGUGACCGCAUGUCCAACCUUGGCUCUGGCCUUAAGAAGCAGGACUUUGAUAUGGACUCCCUUCCCAAGUUUGAAAAGGCCUUCUACAAGGAGCACCCCGAUGUCACCAACCGCUCCCAGCAAGAAGUUGAUGACUUCCGCAAGAAGCACGAAAUGGCCGUUCAGGGAAAGGACAUUCCUCGCCCUGUUGAGACCUUCGAUGAGGCCGGCUUCCCUCAGUAUGUUUUGACCGAAGUUAAGGCUCAGGGAUUUGAACGCCCCACUUCCAUUCAGUCCCAGGGCUGGCCCAUGGCUCUCUCCGGUCGCGACGUCGUUGGUAUCGCUGAAACCGGUUCUGGAAAGACCCUGAGUUACUGUCUUCCGGCUAUCGUUCACAUCAACGCUCAACCUCUUCUUGCUCCUGGUGAUGGUCCUAUUGUUCUUGUCCUUGCUCCCACUCGUGAACUUGCGGUUCAGAUUCAAGCCGAAAUCACCAAGUUCGGAAAGUCAUCGCGUAUCCGCAACACCUGUAUCUACGGUGGUGUCCCCAAGGGUCCUCAGAUCCGUGACCUAAGCCGUGGUGUUGAAGUUUGCAUCGCAACCCCCGGUCGUCUGAUCGACAUGUUGGAGGCCGGCCGGACCAACCUCCGCCGUGUCACGUACCUCGUUCUCGAUGAGGCUGAUCGCAUGCUGGACAUGGGUUUCGAGCCUCAGAUCCGCAAGAUCAUCUCCCAGAUCCGCCCCGACAGGCAGACUUGCAUGUGGUCCGCUACUUGGCCCAAAGAGGUCCGCCAACUUGCCUCGGACUUCCUGAACGACUACAUUCAGGUUAACGUCGGUUCGAUGGAUCUUUCUGCUAACCACAGAAUUACUCAAAUCGUUGAGGUCGUUUCGGACUUUGAGAAGCGUGACAGAAUGCUUAAGCACCUUGAAAAGAUCAUGGAAACUCGCACCAAUAAGGUCCUCGUUUUCACGGCAACCAAGCGUGUUGCAGACGAGAUCACUCGCUUCCUCCGUCAGGAUGGAUGGCCCGCACUUUCCAUUCACGGUGACAAGCAGCAGCAAGAAAGAGAUUGGGUUCUGAAUGAGUUCAAGGCGGGCAAGAGCCCGAUCAUGGUGGCUACUGACGUGGCUUCCCGUGGUAUUGAUGUUCGCGACAUCACUCAUGUGCUGAACUAUGAUUAUCCCAACAACUCCGAAGACUACAUUCACCGUAUCGGUAGAACUGGUCGUGCUGGCGCCAAUGGAACUGCCAUUACCUUCUUCACCACUGACAACUCUAAGCAGGCCCGUGACUUGGUCAAAAUCCUUACUGAGGCUAAGCAACAGAUUGAUCCCCGUCUCGCUGAGAUGGUUCGUUACAGUGGCGGCGGUGGUGGCUAUGGCGGUGGCUACGGUCGUUGGGGUGGUCGUGGUGGUGGUCGCGGCCGUGGUGGUGGUGGUCGUGGUAAUAGUUUCACUGCCUCCAACGCUGCGCCGAUUGGUGGUAACCGUCGUUGGUAAAGCGAUCAUGAUGCCCAGUUCAGCCACUGAGCUCGUAUCCCAUUGUCAUCUUGGUAGCCUUUUACCCCCUCUAUUGUUUCCCGAUUUCCAUUCCGUAACUCGGCGCGGGCGGCGUUCGUCGAUGUCACGAUAGACUUGUUUCUUUUUGUUUUUCUUUGGGCGUCUGGGGAAAAAGUGUAUGCUGGCAGGAUCGGGUCAUGUCGGCAUCACCUUACUCUAUCUUCCCGUGCGCGUAUCUGUUAAUUAGGGUCAGUCAAAAGUUCUAAUUUUUGGCUCGUCAGCGGUAUGGAUGGGUUUUCGACGAGCUUUAGCUUAGUUUUGCAUGUCAUUUUAGAAAUGUAUCUAUUGUUGAAUGCUAUUCUUGUGGUUGGCGAUUUCUACCUUAAUUGACGUUAGACUACUCUGUACUUG